UAAUCACUCCUUCCAGUGCUGGGCUGGCACACUCCUGAGCUGUGCCAACUUUUUAAAAUUCUUCCUGUCGCGAUGAAGCCUGCGACCGCCAGCCCUCUCCUACUGUGGAUGGCAUUCGGAUGCCGCCCGGCAGUUGCCCAUGCCCCAUCGUUCUCGGUUAAACCCAACCCCGGUGCCUCCGCUCUGUAUGCCUCCGCCUUUGGUGAUGCUGGACUUCUGGAAGGCGACAUCGAUAUUUUAAUUGGGAACCUGAGCUCAGGAACGUUCAUAAAUGGACCUCUAGGCAUGGAGCGCGGAGUUAUUCUGACCACAGGGGAUCCAAUUGAAGCUAUACUCGGGGGAGAUAUCAAUGUUGACGCAGGAAGAAUGCCCAGCGGAGAGUAUCCGGGAUAUGACACCAUCAGCGUCGUCGCCAACAUCGUUGUACCAGAGAGCAUCGAGGCGCUAAAAAUAAGCUAUAUAUUUGCAACAGCUGAGCCACCGCCUUUUGCAGACGAACUGCGACGACGCAAGCGUGAACUUGUCCCAAGACAUAUGAAAGAUGACCAAAUGGUCAUUCGAUUCGACGGGGAGAUAAUAGAGAGAGCAUAUGCAUCGGACCUAAGACUAACGUCCUCGUCGAAUAAUAUUGGGAUGUCGUACGCUCGCUCCACGAGGCUACUCUCACGUAACAUCCCAAUGUCGCCUGGAAUCCAUUCGUUCAUGUUCACAGUUUACGAGGUCGGAGAUGCUCUUCGCGACUCUGCGCUACUUUUCAGCGUGAAGGCUGUGCGUAGACCAGAAUCAACUUCACUUGCGGACACUACGGAUGCAGAUGCAAUCAAAUCACCUAUAUCUACGGCACUCGAUCCGAAUAUAUCAUCUGGGAUGAGACCUGUGUCGAAUUUGCCAACAAUUGGCCAAUACACCUUUGGCGGAUGUCUACUGUCCGAAGCUGGCUACCCAACCUUCGCAGAAGUGGGCAGAGGUAACGUGGGUAACAAAAUGGAGCCUGCUUUGUGUCUAUCUCUUGCGAAGGGAAGCAAGUAUUUUGGCAUCAACGACGAUAUCUGCUAUGCUGCAGACUCUAUCAACCAGACAAGAAUUGUCCCUUCACAGCGCUGCAAUUGGCGUUGCCCGGGAAAUCUAGGCCGCUUCUGUGGUGGGCUGGGACGUUUGAGAGGCUGGAGAAAUGGUGGUACUCGACGUGUUGAUCCCCUCGCUAAGCUAGAUAUCGCUUCUCUUCUGCUUACUCUUUAUAUCCAUGACGAGGAUUCUACCACAUCUUUAAUUGCAAAUGAGAAGAUGGCCUCUGAUAUAGGGGCUGAACCGGUUUCGGCUGCGCCAAAAACCGUUCUUACAUCAAUUACAUCGGUGGUUAGAUACACGACCGUUGAGCCGACACACUCUCGAUCUCUCAUCAUUGUCGAAAUCCGCACUACUCUUGAAUUUUACUACUGCGCUAUGUGCCGCACGGCCAUUCCGCCAAUUGUAGAAAUGACCAAAAAGGAGGUUCCUUGCAAUGGGUGUGGGAGAGGAGGAGAAAAUAGCAUUCUGCUGACGGUCCCCGUAGAGGCUCUUGCUCAGGCAACAUCUCUGUAUGGAAGCUUGAUACGGACAGUGGAAGAAACGAGAGCGGAUCCAGUUGCAUCCAGUGUCCCAGCUGAGAGUGUCUAUGGAGGAAUAAUUUUGCCUCAGAAGACUAAUGCUGAGAUGGAAGUCAUCGAGGAAAUUUGAUCGCUGUAAUGUCAGGCGAACCGUUGCCUCACACUAUUAGGAGAACAGAGGACCAGCCCCAAGCUCGGUGCAUUAUCAAUUAGUGAUGUCCUUUCAAUAUCAGCGAGAAUUAGCGCAAGAUUGUUUUAACCAUGCUUGACUAUAGACGGCGCAGUCAACCAAAAAAUGUGUACCUUUCUGCGAUAGACGUCGCGGG